AUGAGCACACCACCGCUGGCGCCAUGCAUCAAGGCCCACAUCACACAUCUCUUCUUGACCUGCUCACUCCACACACCUCAUGUUAUUGUGUCCCAUCCAGAGGCAGACCCAGUCCCACAGCACCCCAAGAUAUCUACUUCCCCUCACUUUCCCACUUAUCCAAUGCUGAUGCUGCACUCUUGUCUUCUUCUCGACCGUCUCGAUCAUGUCAUACCUCUUCCACGCUGUCUUGAAGUCCAGCACGAGCUCCUUGUGGUCCUUACUCUCGGGGUACUUCACAAUUGUGCUGCCGCCAUUCAGGUACUUGGCCAUACCCUUGGGGUACUUCACAAUCGUGCCACCCCCGUUCAGGUCAUACAUGUCCGCACAGGCCAUGUAAAACUCCCAGAGAGUGAACUCAGGGUUAUGUGUCAAAUCAAUGCCUUCAUUCUGGAAGACACGUCCAAUCUUGUACACGCAGUCCACCUCGGCCUUGUCCUGCUCUGA